CGGCAGCUGAGCGAGCCCGGCGAGAGCAGGAGCAGCCUCAGGGCCAUCCUGGCCCACUCCCUGUUCCCCAGCGAGGAGAAGCUGCUGGCGGAGCUCGAUGCCAUCAUGGGCAAGAAGGGCACCAGGAUCAUCAUCUGGAACCUCCGGAAAGACAAAAAUGACAAACCAGAAUUUGACUUUGACAAGGACAAAUACGACAUCAGAAUUCCAGAAGACUUGGAUGAAACAGGCAAAAGAGGCUACAAAAAACAGGAGAGGAUGGACCAGAUUGUUCCAGAAAGUGAUUACUCCCUAAGAGCUUACUGCAGUAUUUUGUACCUGAAGCCAACCAUGCAGAUCAUCCUGAGAGGGCAGAAAGUGAAAACUCAGCUGGUUUCCAAAAGUUUGGCCUUCAUUGAGAGGGAUAUUUACAGACCCAAAUUUCUCAAUGCCAAAACAGUCAGAAUUACAUUUGGAUUUAACUGCAGGAACAAAGAUCACUAUGGAAUAAUGAUGUACCACAAAAACAGACUCAUCAAAGCUUAUGAAAGAGUUGGCUGUCAGUUAAAGGCAAACAACAUGGGUGUGGGUGUUGUUGGGAUUAUUGAGUGCAACUUCCUAAAACCAACUCACAACAAACAGGAUUUUGACUACACCAAUGAAUACAGGAAUUGUGACGUGCCAGAAGAGCCAGAGGAUGAUGAUUUAAUACACCCCACGUACGAGAAAACCUACAAGAAAAAGGACAGGGAAAAACUGAAGAGGAGACUGGAGUACAGCCACCAGAUCAAUAAUGAAAUAUUUUUAAAAACAUCUGUUUCUUCAAGUAAAGACUUCAAACCAUUCUCACCUUCGAGUGCAAAGGAAGCUCUUCCAAGGUUACUUAUACCAAAAUCCUCAGAUGCUUCUGUUAGGAGAUCUCUGCCUAUUUUAAUCAAAGUAUCUUCUCAUUUGGAUGCUGAUAGCAGCCUCAAAAGGAGGACGCAGAGCUGUGCCACACCCGUGUCCCUAAAGACGCCUCGGCUCAGUGACAAAACAUUCAACAACCACGAGCAGGAGGAUGAUGAUGAUGAAGAUGUCAUCAUUUUAGAGGAGAGCAGCACUCCAAAACCUUCAGCAGAUCCUGAUGUUCCUGUGGUGAAAACAGAAUGCAUCAAUUUGGAUCAGGAGGAGAAGCAGAAGGAAAACUCUCCUGUGGGGGAACCUUGCAGUGCCACCACUUCAGAGGCAAGAAGUGAACAGCUGAGCUCAGCAACACAGACAGAGCUCCCCAAGCUGGUGGUGAAAAAGGAGGAGGUAGAAGACAUCCCAGUCCAGGUUCCUGGGCCAGGGAUGGAAAAGGAACAGCCCAAGGUCAAUGGUGUUCCUGAGACAUCUGUAGAGAUGGAAAAUGAACUGAAAAUUCAGCUGCAAUUGUUGAACAGAGAAAAAGAAAUGUACCAAAGCAAAUGCGAAGCGUUAACCAAACAGGUGCAAACACUGGAGCAGCAGCUUUUGGAGAUGAACAAUAAAUGUGUGAAAAAGGAGAUGUGCCACCAGGCCACAGAGACAGCUCCCUCCUGCCAGGAGGGGAGCGCUGAUGGGAGGAGCCUGGCAGAGGUGACAGCUCUCUAUGAGCAGGCCCUGGGCGAGGUAGCAGCGCUCAGGCAGCAGUGCAGCACCCUGCAGAACCUCAAGGCUGAGUGCAGCAAAUGCGCUGAUGGGGAGAGCAGGAGCGAGCUGGAUGAGAUGGCCGUGCAGCUGGAUGAUGUGUUCAGGCAGCUGGACAAGUGCACCACCGAGAGGGACAGCUACAAAAGCCAGAUUGAAGUCCUGGAAGUGGAGAAGAACCAAAUGGCCUGUCAGUGUGAGGAGCUCAAGGCAGAGCUGGCUCAGUUAAAAGCUUCCAUCCCCCAGGCUGUAGCACGGGCAAAUGAUUCUACCACCAGUAAUGUAGAAGACUCUGUAAAUUUUUCUGAUGGAGAAAGCCUGAAGCUGCGCUCCCUGCGCGUGAACGUGGGACAGCUCCUGGCCACCAUCAUGCCCGACCUGGACCUGCAGCAAGUGAAUUAUGACAUCGAUGUGGUGGAUGAAAUCUUAGGGCAGGUGGUGGAACAAAUGCAUGAAAUCAGCAGUACUUAAAAUCUCGGUGUUGUAGCAGAGUUUUAUUGCUCUUCCAUUAUAGGUUGCAGACUGUAAAUGGGGCUGCUUCACUUUAUAUCUUUGACAUAGGUGGAUCUCUCAGUGUAAAUAUUCCACAUUUAGCUGUUCACUUCCUCCUCAAGGAGCACUGGUCAAUACUGACCCACCCUGAUGUACUUAAUUCAGGAUUUUGCUUUGGAAAUGUAUUUGUAAUUAAAUUUGCAGAUAUUUUUACUAUUAGGAAUCUUAAUACUUUUCUACAGACACCUUUUGGUUGACUUUGGAUCUUAUAUAAGCAUUAAUACCUGUGAGUAUUUCCUCUUUUAAAGUAGUGGAAUAUCUUAGAAAUGCAAAAAAAGAAAAAAGAACUUCCUUGAUUUCCUUCCCAGAGUUGUUGUAUCCCACAGUGUUGUUCCAUUGCUCCCAGCAGUGUUCUGUGUUGCAUUCAUGGGAUAGAAAUGUGAGUAGUAGGUGAGAAUUUGGGCCAUAUUUGGAGAAUAUUUGUGUGGUACUACCAAAAGAAGGGUUCUUAAGGGUUUCACCCUGAAAACUGGGGAUGGACCAGUUGGAUGGAAGCACUUGGAGGAGGGAUGUUUCUUUAUCUGUGGUGUAAACAACAGGGUGAAAAUGUUCAGCUUCAACAGCUUCAGACAGUUUUUAUUUCAGGCAGGAAAAGGGAAUUCCUCUUUUUCACAUCCCCCCCCUUUAGAGUUUUGUGCUCUAAAUCUUCCCAUUUUUCCAUGAUCAUGGGAAAACCUGGAAGCAAUGGUACCAAGAGAAACUCCCAGCCAGCUGCAGGGAUUUCUUCCCAAGUCAUUGGGAAUGACAAACUGGGUGGCAAAGGCAGCAAAUCCAUCUUUUCCUCUGUGGUGGGAUUGGUCACCCAAAGAGCAAUCCAGAAAAAUCGUUCUUGCUUUGAAAUUCAAUACAUAAUUUAAUUAGUGUUCAAUAUGUUAAUUCUUAGGAAGUAUAUAUAUUUUUUUUUUUUUAAUUUAAAUAAAGCCAAUAUUGUGGCUUUUGCACUGCUACUGUCCUGAGUUAAUCCCUUGGUGUCCCUUUGAGCUGCAGUUCAGUGGAAUUCUUUCCAUGGACAGUAUUUCAGUGAAGAUCUCUCUCUAUGCCAAUAACGGGAAUGCACUACUGUUGUACUUUAUCAAGAGAAAUUGAAUGUUUGAUUUGGGAAGAGGUGGCUGUAAUAUAACUAUGUAUGACUUUUGCAAAGUUUAUAUUUCCCAUUUCUUGGUGUGUAGCUUUUCCAUUUCUUAAUCAUUAUUUAUUAUGUUUCAUCAGACCGUAGCUGAAUUUCUUGUAGACAACAGGCAAAAUAGAGCACAUGUCUAUAUUAAAAAUGGCAAAUUUACAAUGUACAUUUACACUUUGGACAAUGGUGGACUUAUGGAAAUGGUUUCUAUUUACUUGUUAAAAUGUAUUUUUUGUAAAAAAUAAAAAGAUAUGAAUUGGA